UCCAAAAGUUCGACGUGUUUGAGAUUAUCCAUUCUCCCGUCGGACUGAUCUCCAUCAUGAUGAUAUCAUGAUAGAGGUGAUUUGAUUAUUCGAAGUCUACUUACAAUACUAGGUCAACCUCAGCUGCAGUUCUCUAACGCACCAGUUCGUUACACCACACCCUUUUCGAUUCAACACAACUACGGUUUCACUACGAUGAUGUCCCUUCGCACAUCCCUCUUCCGCACAAGCCGUAUCGCUUCAACACGUCCUCUGAGCACUACCUCUCGUCUUGCAAAGGACCCCCCUCCUCCUCCAAAUAUCCCUCCUGGUCGCCAGCAGAAGGGAGACAACGAAUCCCCAGCUCACGAUGCGCAGUCUUCUGCCUCGACCAAAGGCUCAGAUUCUGCGGCAACAAAGAGUGGAGACGACCACCCGGCCAAACAGCCCGACCCUCAGAAGCCUAGUGACAGAAGCACUGGCUUCCAAGAAGUCCAUGAAGUCAAGGGUGGAAAGGAGGGCCUAGGAGCUAGGACUGAUAGGCAGUAGAUGGCUGGGAGGGAACACGACACCGCGAAUGAAGAAGGAACACAAGUACGUUGCUGAUGACGUCGACAAAGAAUACCAAGCGACCACGAUGAACUUUACAACCUUGUUCGAAAGGACCUCUGUAUCUAUAUCAAAGACAUUGUGUCUAUAUCAUACUAAGCAUUGUUCCCAUCCAUACCCUGAACGCGUCUUUGGCCCCAAACAUUAUCUGAUCAUUGUUGAAUGACGUCGACGCGUGCUUGUGAUCCCAGAACAGCAACCCAUGCGACAAUGAAGUCAAACCUCAGAUCGAGAAGACCACAACACGACAUUCCAGAAAAAA